UAUUGUUCCCAUGGAUCCAUAUGUUCACCUUACGAAGGACACAAGUACUCUUUUGGAUUCGGCACGGCCUUACAGGGAGAUUAUUGGACGCCUUCUUUACCUCACGAUCACAAGACCUGACAUCACAUUUGCGGUACAUCAUCUCAGUCAGUUCUUACAAUUCCCUACUGAUGCUCAUAUGCAAGCUGCACAUCGGAUUCUCAAGUACAUCAAAGGUAGUCCAGGUCAAGGUCUGUUCUACUCUACAUCUAAUGAGACUUGUGUGAAUGCUUUUGCGGAUGCGGAUUGGGGAACCUGCACUGAUACAAGGCGUUCGAUUACUGGAUUUUGUGUUUACAUUGGUAAGUCACUUGUUUCUUGGAAAUCCAAGAAACAGCAUGUUGCGAGCCAUAGCAGUACAGAGUCUGAGUAUAGGAGCAUGGCUGAGGUUACUCGGGAGGUCCUAUGGAUUCAGCAACUUCUUCGGGAUUUUCGAGCUCCAGUUACCUCGAUUGCUAAGCUCUUCUGUGACAACAAAUCUGCAGUGUACAUUGCCACAAAUCCAGUGUUCCAUGAAAAAACGAAGCACAUAGAGAUUGAUUGCCAUAUUGUGCGAGAUCAGAUCAAGCUUGGGAUCCUGAAGACACUGCACAUUGGAACAGAGAACCAACUUGCUGAUAUCCUGACUAAGCCUUUGCAGACACGACAAUUCCAUUCUUUAUUUCAUCGAAUGGGUUUGUCAAACCUUUACAAUCCUUCUAUGGAUCCGGAUUGAAAGGUUUGAGGGGGGUGUAUCAGA